UCAAUCUUACAAUCCAUAGUUGAUCACAAGUCGGGAUAAGACAUAUUAUCCCGUCAUAGUUCACUUUCCCGUGUAAUUCUCAUCGUGACGGUCAGUAUUGACCCUGCGCAUAUCUACCCCGCAACAUCCCACCAACGGCGCCCUCUCCAUCUUCACGACCCCUCAAUACACGACAUGGCUACUAUUCCCCAGACUCAAAUCGCAGCCGUCCUUCCACCAACUGGAGCGACUGCCACCUCCAAAUUACAAAUUACACAUGACCGUCCGGUUCCCUCUCCCACGGAGGGAGAAGUACUAGUCAAACUCGAGUACUCCGGACUAUGCCAUUCGGAUGUUCAUAGUGUGCGCGGGGAAACCCCCAUGCUGACAGAUGUGGCUGGUCAUGAAGGUGUGGGGAAAGUGGUGAAAGUGGGAAGUGGGCUGGAUGAGCAAGUUUGGAUGGGACGAAGAGUUGGUAUUCGAUGGCUUUAUAGCUCUUGCUUGGAGUGUGAGAUUUGCGCUAUCAAUCAUACGGCCUGUCCAUAUCAGAAGAAUGCCGGAGCGAACGUGCCAGGGACUUUUCAACAAUACAUUGUCAGCCCUGCCAUCCACGCAACCAUAAUUCCUCCUGAGCUGGCACCAGAUGUAGCUGCGCCGCUCUUGUGCGCCGGCAUCGCCAUGUACUCCUCAAUCAUGAAGACAAAAACCCGACCCGGAGACUGGAUUGUCCUCCCCGGAGCCGGAGGAGGUCUAGGACACAUGGGCGUUCAAAUUGCCGCCAAGAAAGGCCUCAAAGUCAUUGCCAUCGACAGCGGCGAGAAGAAAAAACAGCUUUGUCUCUCCCUCGGAGCCACCAGCUUCCUAGACUACAGGACCGACGACGUCGAACGCGAAGUAAAAGCAUUAACUUCAGGUCUAGGCGCGCACGCCGUCAUCUGCACAGCCAACAGCGAGCCCGCAUACAUCCAGAGUAUGAAAAUGCUUCGGAGUCUGGGCGUCCUGGUGUGCGUUGGUAUACCGAGUGUGCCAUUCAGGCUACCCGCUACACCGUUUGAUAUGAUCGUUAAAGGACAAACGAUUAUUGGUAACUCGGCUGGAACCGCCAAGGAGAUGGAGGAGCUGAUGGAGAUGGCUGUGGCGGGUGAUGUGAAGGCGCAUAUUGAGUGCUUUGACUUUGAUUGCAUUGAUGAUGUGUUGCAGCGAUUGGGACGGUCUGAGAUUGAGGGCAGGGCGGUUGUGCGCAUUCCUGAAUGAAUGGGAUUGUUGUGGCGGGUGUUGGUUAGCAUUGUGGACUUAUAUGUCGACGGCAUGAACUGUUUUUUAUGAUCCUGAAUCCUCUUUAGGUACUAACAGAUACAAGUUAG